GUUGCAGCCCCGGAGAAGCGAGCAUUUCGAGUGGGAAAAGAAGAGUGGCGCGGAGGGACGAUGCUCGCGCCGGGGGCGCCUUUAAGCUAAACCGGUUUUCUUCCCGCACAGGCAGGAGCUCUCUCAGGUCCCUCUGGUCUAGCUCGCUUGAACCACGGCUGCCGCCACCGUGCGCCUCCCUUUCUUUAGCCGCCAGCCCCAUUCCCCAGCCUCCUGGUUCGGGAGGAACUGAACUGUCGUUGCACAGGAAGUAGCGGCUGCUGGGAGCACACACGGACGCACUCACACAACAGAGGCACACUCGAACACGCAGAGGCAGCUGGUUCUGCCGCACUCUGGACACAAGGCUUCAUCCCGGCGCCGCUACGACAGGUUCCUUCACGCCCUUCUGGGAGCGGCGUCCCAGCCUCCGCAGAGCAGAGGCGGCUGCCCCGUCGCUGGCGCCGAAGAAAGGUGUGGGUGCCGCUGCUUAACGGUGGGAGAAGACGGGGCUGUGGUUGCGGGAUUUAGGCUCUGAGCCGGGGAUCAGCCGCGGAGCAGAAGUUCCGGGGGCGGCGAGGACUGCAGGAUUGUUAUUCUGAGUGAAGGACCUUGCAAGCGCUACUAAGGGACUAUCAUGGGCAAAAUUGCAUUUCUGAAGACCCAGUUUAUAGUUCACCUCCUGAUUGGGUUUGUCUUUGUUGUGAGUGGCUUCAUCAUUAACUUCAUCCAACUAUGCACACUAAUUCUCUGGCCUAUAAACAAGCAGUUUUACCGACGAGUAAACUGUCGCCUUUCCUAUUCAUUGUGGAGCCAGUUAGUGAUGUUGCUGGAAUGGUGGUCUGGAACAGAAUGCACUUUAUUCUCAGACCAGGCCACAAUUGAUAAGUUUGGAAAAGAACAUGUCAUCAUUAUUCUCAACCACAACUUUGAAAUAGAUUUUCUGUGUGGCUGGACCAUGACAGAACGGUUUGGUGUGUUAGGGAGUUCAAAAGUUCUUGCUAAGAAAGAACUAUUGUAUGUGCCCAUAAUUGGCUGGACGUGGUACUUCUUGGAGAUUGUUUUUUGCAAAAGGAAAUGGGAAGAAGAUAGAGAUACUGUUAUUGAAGGGCUAAAACGACUAUCCGAUUAUCCUGAGUAUAUGUGGUUUCUCUUAUACUGUGAGGGAACUCGAUUUACAGAAACUAAGCAUCGUAUCAGUAUGGAGGUGGCUGAAUCCAAAGGAUUGCCUAAACUCAAAUAUCACUUGUUGCCCAGAACCAGAGGUUUUACGACUGCUGUCCAGUGUCUCAGGGGAACAGUUUCAGCAGUGUAUGAUGUAACAUUAAACUUCAGAGGAAACAAGAACCCAUCCUUACUAGGAAUUCUUUACGGGAAGAAAUACGAAGCAGAUAUGUGUGUCAGGAGGUUUCCUUUAGAAGAUAUCCCUUUGGAUGAAAAGGAAGCAGCAAAGUGGCUUCAUAAACUUUAUCAGGAAAAGGAUGCCUUACAAGAGAAAUAUAAUCAAGAAGGUUUAUUUCCUGGGCAACAAUUUAAACCUCCCAGAAGACCAUGGACCCUCCUCAACUUUCUCUUCUGGGCUACCGUUCUUCUGUCUCCUCUUUUCAAAUUUGGUUUUGGAAUUUUUGCAAGUGGAUCACCUCUUCUGAUUCUUGCAUUCCUGGGCUUUGUUGGGGCAGCAUCCUUUGGAGUUCGCAGACUGAUAGGAGUAACGGAAAUAGAAAAGGGCUCCAGCUAUGGCAACCAAGAAUUCAAGAAAAAGAAAUAAUUUUACAAAUGCAUUUUUGACUAUAAAAGACAAUGGUAUCAAAUUAACUUCAUUGGAAAGAAAGACACUUAGAAAACUUAUCUUUUUUUCUUAUUAACUGAUAACUAAUAAUACUUGAGCCAAGACUGAAGAAUUGGGAAGAUUCAAGAAACAUGGAAAAAGCUGACUACUUACCUGACUAAGGAUCCUUGUUUGUAGUUUUUGGGCUAACCUCAUGUUUUUUAUUUUGCUUUGCUCUGUGGCGGAUGGGAGGAUGAAUUAACAGAGGGAAGUACAAGCAUCUUCAGAUAACUGUUUAUCUUUCAAGAGUGUCACAUUUGCUUUUCAAGAGAAACCACUAAAUGUUUCUACUUGCUAAAAUAAAAUCUGUUCUUAGGGUUGUUGUUUUUUAAUCAGCAUACAGUGCAGCAAACUACAGUGUCUAAUUUAUUUACAGAUGUUUCUUGUGGAGGAACCACUUGGAAGAAGCUGCAUAUCCUUCCAGGCAUUUUUAUUUUAGAAGUAUUUUUAUUUUAAUAAUUAUUACCUUCCACAAAAGCAGUAUUUUGAUGACAGCAUCACCCAACAGAUAAAUACAUCCUUUCAACCAGAACUUCCUAAAACCUAAUGCGAUUCUAGUCUAUUUUAUUUUUGCACAGCUACUCUAUAUUGUCCUAAUUAAAACUGAAACAUGUUUAGCUCAAUUGCUUACAUAGAUAUUGCUUUGCUUUUUUCCUUUCUUUGAAAACAACAAAAAAAGUGACAUGACAGGCCUGUAAUUUGUACCUGCAUGUCUCAGAGUGCUCAGUCUCUAGGACUUGAGAGUUUCUUCAAAAUGUCUCUUCUGCUCAAAUCUUCUGCAUGGCGUGUUAAAAAACCAGCAUAGCACUAUAGAAAGAUCCUUGUGCUGAGAACUAGGGGACAAUGUUGUACCUCUGGGGCUCGAACCUGAUAUAUACUUACUUGAAAAUAUUUUAAUCUGCAAUCAGACGAGAUGUUUUCCAGGUAAAUGUGUUGAUGGGGUAGGAUCUAAGUUGCCUGGUUAUCUGUAUACAUUGCCAUGUAAACCAACAGUUGCUUUAAUACCUAAACAUUGGAGGUUGGGAUAAGGUUAAUACCUUUUUUUAAUUUUCUGCCGUGAUAAUGUUAACAAUAAUGUUUUUUGCUCUCUCUGGCUUGGAAAUAUACCUAAAGGAGCUAGAUAGCUUUAUGCGGCAUCCGUCUCCAAUUUCAGUGCAUGGGUGGUGCCUCCAUUUGGAAAGCUAUGAGGCUGAAGUGGACUGCAUGCCAGCCAAAUUUAGAUUUUUAUGGCAGCUCUUUAAUGGAUACUAUAUGUAAAUGGUUAACCACCAGGAAGAAAUCUCAUAGAAUUCGUGAGUGGGUAUCUUUAAUAUAUAGCUGUGCUGGCUGAUGUUUGCAAAUAUUUAGAAAGGAAGUAUUCAUUUAUUAGCAUGUGGCCGUGGUUAUUUUCUUCCUUCAGUGCUGGGAAGAAAUUUGACAUCAGCUCAAUACAAACAUACAUACAGAAUCUGACACAGCUUUUUAACUAAAAUUCUUCAUAAACUUAGAACCUUAUCUGAUUUAUAUUAAUUUUAAUAAUUCUAUUAAAUAGUUAUUCUUUCAUAGCCAAAGGUAAAUAUGUCACAUUUUACCUUCAAACACUAAUGACACUAAGGUUGUCUGCCUUUUGGAGCUCAUUUUAAGUGUUUUCGUAGUGUUUUGGUUUGCAGCUUUGCAACUUGUCUCUAGCAGAGGGAACUGCUACAGCAAAGUUUGACGCACAUUUAUUUUCUGCAUGAAUACAUGCACAUUUAGAGUACAACCUUUUGCUGCAUUGUCCCCCUGAGCUGCCAGACCCAGGAUAAGCAGUAAUGCCUCCUACAAAGGAUCAUAUCCACCUUGUUUCUAAGGGCUGAGAGCUCUGAUCAGCUUCACUGAAAGUUGAAUAAGGUGAUUUGGGGACAUGACUCUAUUAUUCACUCAGUAAAUAGGUUCUGCUUGUGUUUGUUUUUAAAUCAUUAGGAAUGAUUCCGUUUUCUGACUUUUUUUAAGCUUGAUAAAUAUGUCUUGCUUGUUGGAAGUUUUUUCCCUUUGGCAGAUGUGAUAUUGCUUUCUGACAAAGACGUUCAAAAUAUUUUAACAGAAGCCAAGUAGAAAGGCCUCAUGUUUCGUGUUGCAACUACAAGGAGUUCUGUGCUGGUAGAUAAAAACCAGAUAUCCUGACAGAAAUAAAUGGGACAGGGUGGGAACGGAGGGAGGGUCAUUGAGAAUAUAGCUGCUAGGAAGAAUAAGCAGGUGUCCACUGUCUGCUUAGUGCAGAUAACGGAAGGUAGUGCAUGCCUAUAAUGAGGAGGAAAAACAUACGUCACACUUGUUUUAUUUUCAUCUCCUAACAUACAGAUCAUACUUUGUUUUAAAACCGUAGAAGAUUUUGUUUGAAAUCUAGAAAGACACAUCCAUUUUGAAAACUGAAGUGUACAACACUGCACAAUGAUAGUUCAUCUUUUUGGUUUGUCUUUCAAAUAAAAUAACAACUAAGCAGAAUAUAUGUGAAAGAAUAUAUCUCAAAAUAGCAGUGUAUGGCAUAAAAAAUAUCAGUUUAUUUGGAUUGGAACAGUAAGAAUAGAUUUUAUACUUUCCACUAUUUUCUUCUCGUUUAAUAGAACAUAGCCUGUAUAUUUGACUAUCAAGCCCUUUGAGAGCAAUAAUAAACAAAAUAUAUCAUAA